AUGACCCGUCCCUGGCGGCGUCUCCAGAGUCUGGUUUGGGAAUACUGGGCCGGGCUCCUGGUUUGCGUGCUCUGGAUUCAGGACUCUCGGGGAAUGCCCCAUGUCAUCCGGAUAGGAGGGAUCUUUGAGUAUGCAGAUGGACCCAAUGCCCAGGUCAUGAAUGCAGAGGAACAAGCCUUUCGAUUUUCUGCCAACAUCAUCAACAGAAACAGAACUUUGCUGCCCAAUACCACCUUGACUUAUGAUAUUCAGAGGAUACACUUCCAUGACAGCUUUGAAGCCACCAAGAAAGCCUGUGACCAGCUGGCCCUGGGGGUCGUAGCCAUUUUUGGACCUUCCCAGGGCUCCUGCACCAAUGCGGUCCAGUCCAUCUGCAAUGCUCUGGAAGUACCCCACAUCCAACUCCGCUGGAAACACCAUCCCUUGGAUAAUAAAGACACCUUCUAUGUGAAUCUCUACCCCGACUACGCAUCCCUCAGCCAUGCCAUCCUUGACCUUGUCCAGUAUCUGAAAUGGCGAUCAGCAACCGUGGUGUAUGACGACAGCACAGGCCUUAUCCGGCUGCAGGAACUCAUCAUGGCCCCGUCGCGCUACAACAUCCGGCUGAAGAUUCGCCAGCUGCCCAUCGACUCUGAUGACUCCCGGCCCCUGCUCAAGGAGAUGAAGAGAGGCAGAGAAUUUCGCAUCAUCUUUGACUGCAGCCACACUAUGGCUGCCCAGAUCCUCAAGCAGGCCAUGGCAAUGGGGAUGAUGACUGAGUACUACCACUUUAUCUUCACAACUCUGGAUCUUUAUGCAUUAGACCUUGAACCCUACCGCUACUCUGGAGUGAAUCUAACAGGGUUCCGAAUCCUCAACGUGGAGAAUCCUCAUGUCUCGGCCAUCGUAGAGAAGUGGUCCAUGGAGAGACUGCAGGCGGCACCCAGGGCUGAGUCUGGCCUGCUGGAUGGGGUGAUGAUGACAGAUGCGGCUUUGCUGUACGAUGCUGUCCAUAUCGUCUCCGUGUGCUAUCAGCGGGCCCCGCAGAUGACCGUCAAUUCACUGCAGUGCCACCGGCAUAAAGCCUGGCGCUUUGGAGGUCGCUUCAUGAAUUUCAUCAAAGAAGCUCAAUGGGAAGGAUUAACUGGACGGAUUGUUUUCAACAAAACCAGUGGCUUAAGGACUGAUUUUGACUUGGAUAUCAUCAGCCUGAAGGAAGAUGGCCUGGAGAAGGUGGGUGUGUGGUGUCCUGCUGAUGGCCUCAACAUCACAGAGAUUGCCAAGGGCCGGGGCCCCAACGUCACUGAUUCCUUGACCAACAGAUCCCUCAUUGUCACCACUGUGCUGGAGGAGCCCUUUGUCAUGUUCCGGAAGUCAGACAUGACCCUCUUUGGGAAUGACCGGUUUGAGGGCUACUGUAUUGACCUGCUGAAAGAACUGGCCCACAUCCUGGGCUUCACCUAUGAGAUCCGCCUGGUGGAAGAUGGGAAGUAUGGGGCACAGGAUGAGAAGGGCCAGUGGAAUGGCAUGAUUAAAGAGCUUAUUGACCAUAAGGCAGACCUGGCUGUAGCCCCUCUGACCAUCACUCAUAUCCGAGAGAAAGCCAUUGACUUCUCCAAGCCCUUCAUGACUCUCGGCGUCAGUAUCCUGUACCGGAAACCCAAUGGCACCAAUCCUGGCGUAUUCUCCUUCCUCAACCCCUUGUCUCCUGACAUCUGGAUGUAUGUCCUUCUUGCCUAUCUGGGUGUCAGCUGUGUUCUCUUCGUCAUUGCCAGGUUCAGCCCCUAUGAAUGGUAUGAUGCACAUCCCUGCAACCCUGGCUCCGACAUCGUGGAGAACAACUUCACUUUACUCAACAGCUUUUGGUUUGGGAUGGGCUCCCUGAUGCAGCAAGGCUCUGAACUGAUGCCCAAAGCCCUGUCCACGCGGAUCAUUGGCGGCAUCUGGUGGUUCUUCACGCUGAUCAUCAUCUCUUCAUACACGGCCAAUCUGGCGGCCUUCCUCACUGUGGAGCGGAUGGAGUCUCCCAUUGACUCAGCGGAUGACCUGGCCAAGCAGACCAAAAUUGAGUAUGGGGCAGUCAAGGAUGGGGCCACCAUGACCUUCUUCAAGAAAUCCAAGAUUUCCACCUUUGAGAAGAUGUGGGCAUUCAUGAGCAGCAAACCCUCGGCCCUGGUGAAGAACAAUGAGGAGGGCAUCCAGAGAGCCCUUACAGCCGACUACGCCCUGCUUAUGGAAUCAACAGCCAUUGAGUAUAUCACCCAGAGGAAUUGCAACCUCACCCAAAUUGGUGGCCUCAUCGACUCCAAAGGCUAUGGGAUCGGCACACCUAUGGGUUCCCCUUACAGGGACAAGAUCACCAUUGCCAUCCUCCAACUCCAGGAAGAGGACAAGCUUCACAUCAUGAAGGAGAAGUGGUGGCGGGGGAACGGCUGCCCAGAGGAGGAGAACAAGGAGGCAAGCGCCCUGGGCAUCCAGAAGAUCGGAGGCAUCUUCAUCGUGCUCGCUGCAGGGCUGGUGCUUUCUGUGCUGGUGGCUGUGGGCGAGUUCAUCUACAAACUCCGAAAAACAGCUGAACGGGAGCAGGGAAUAACACCAGGCCUCCUCCUCCCUCUUCCUUCCAGCGUUCAUUCUGCAGCACUGUGGCUGACGAAAUCCGAUUCUCCCUCACCUGCCAGCGACGGGUCAAACACAAGCCUCAGCCACCAGUCAUGGUCAAAGCCGACGCUGUCAUCAACAUGCACACAUUCAAUGACCGUAGACUCCCGGGCAAGGACAGCAUGA